CCCAUAUCUGGCAUGCUUGCUGGGGAGAAAUUGUUUGAAUGCAAGGCGGCCAGAAAAAUUAAUGAAGGACUCAUCAACGCAGAUUUUUUGCUGGGGAGUAUAGACAUCUGCAAAUUUUUGGUUAAGGUGAUUUGCGAGGGGCGGAAUUUUGUGAAGCCAAUCAAAUUCAGGGACGACAGAGUGUAUUGUCGUUGAAAUGCAUAAAACACAAUAUACUCUCAUAUCUAUGCCUGGCCAUGACAGCAGAGAACACGAGCAUAUGAUGAAUCGGGUCUGUGGACCAAUACAACCGCAAAAGAUUUUUUUAGUAAUGCCCAUGUUGAGGGUUAG